GCGGCGCCCACUCCCGAGCCUCGAGGUCCCGGAAGCCCUGCAUUCGUCAGGCAACUCGCGGACUGGCCGCAGGCUGCGAGCAAGGCUACUGGCCAGAUCCUACAAGCUGUGCCUGCGGUCCUUGGGCCGCUCUGGGUUAUUGCCGACCUGCCCCUGCUGGUGGCCAGUGGCCAGGUGUGCACGGCACCUGCAGUCUCGACCCCGUGGCCAAGGGUGACGUGGGGUGGAACCCGAGCAGACUCCGGAACAGGACGGGCGAGGGCCGCAGUACGGAAUAGGCCCAGAGCAAUGGCAGCCCCAGGAACUCCAGCCCCACCAACCCCAAUCGCACCAGGUGAUGGUUUGCUGGGAGGACGGGGGGGGACCUCCUGACUCAAUGCCAGGGGCCAAGCAGCUCCCAGUGCUGAUCCGCAGGAAGCGAGAUGGAGGCCGCUUAAGUGAGGAGGACAUCAAGGGCUUCAUCAGUGCUGUGGUGGAGGGGAGUGCACAGGGGGCACAGAUUGGGGCCAUGCUGAUGGCCAUCCGGCUGCAAGGCAUGGAUCUGGAGGAGACCUCUGCGUUGACCCAGGCAAUGGCCAGGUCUGGGGAACAGCUGCAGUGGCCAGAGGCCUGGCACCAGCAGCUUGUAGACAAACAUUCCACAGGGGGAGUGGGAGACAAGGUCAGCCUGAUCCUGGCACCUGCCCUGGCUGCGUGUGGCUGCAAGGUGCCAAUGAUCAGUGGACGUGGCCUGGGGCACACAGGGGGCACCCUGGACAAGCUGGAGUCUAUUCCUGGGUUCAAUGUCAUCCAGAGCCCACAACAGAUGCAAGUGCUGUUGGAGCAAGUGGGCUGCUGUAUUGUGGGUCAAAGCAAGGAGCUGGUUCCUGCAGAUGGAAUCCUGUAUGCUGUACGAGAUGUGACAGCCACUGUGGAUAGCCUGCCACUCAUCACAGCCUCCAUCCUCAGUAAAAAGGCGGUGGAAGGGCUCUCUGCCCUGGUGAUAGACGUUAAGUUUGGUGGCGCUGCAGUCUUCCCAGACCAGGAGAAAGCUCGGGAAUUGGCAAGAGCACUGGUUGGCGUGGGGGCGGAUCUGGGGCUUCGGGUGGCAGCAGCCCUGACAGCCAUGGAUAACCCUCUGGGUCGCAACGUGGGCCAUACCCUGGAAGUGGAGGAAGCGCUGCUCUGCCUGGAUGGCACGGGGCCACCGGACCUGCGGGACCUGGUCACUAGACUCGGGGGUGUCCUGUUAUGGCUCAGUGGACAUGCGGGUAGCUCGGCCCAGGGCACCGCCCGGAUCGCUACGGCACUGGACGACGGCUCCGCGCGGCGCCGCUUCGAGCAGAUGCUUGAAGCACAGGGCGUGGAUUCGAACCUGGCCCGAUCACUGUGCUCCGGGACCCCGGCGCAGCGUCGUCAGUUGCUGCCCCACGCCCGGGAGCAAGAGGAGUUACACGCGCCUGCGGACGGCACCGUGGAGAGCGUCCAAGCGCUGCCACUAGCGCUCGUGCUGCACGAGCUCGGGGCCGGACGCAGCCGUGCAGGGGAGCCAAUCCGCCUGGGCGUGGGCGCCGAGCUGUUGGUGGACGUGGGUCAAAGCCUAAGCCGAGGGACGCCCUGGCUCCGCGUGCAUCUGGACGGCCCUGCGCUAAGCGAUUCGCAGCGCCGAGCACUGCAGGCAGCGCUUGUGCUGUCUGAUCGCGCGCCCUUCACGGCCCCCUCGCCCUUUGCGGAGCUGAUCCUGCCGCCCACCGCCGCUCAGCCUUGAAGCCCGACGGCCUCCGAGCCAA